CCCCUUACGGUCAAGAAGAGCUGCGCGUUUUGGUUUUGACAGCGAAAUAAGCGACUGAGGUUAUGUAUGAUAACGCACCUAAACCGUCAGGCUACAUAAAAACAUCGUAAGAUGAAUGCAUGUGUUUUAUUCUGAUUAGCUGUGUCAUUUGGUGGCAGACGUAAUGCGAGUGGUGUGCUCGUGAGCGCGCAGCAGCAACCGCGGGGUCGCGCAGAGGUUGUGAGGCGCGCGCAGGUAAACUGAACUCUGUCAGCAGCACCUGGACUGUCCUCGAGUACAGCUAUUAAUGAGCGGUAAUUUGGGCUACCACACACGAUGACCGUCCUCACCCUCACCCUCGCUGAGCAUGGCGGAGUCAGACGGUGUGGAACUCUGUCUGAAUCGAGCUCAAAGCAGGUGCCAUUACAGGGAUCAUGUUGCUGCGCCAGUUUAGCAACCGAGACCUAUUGGUGGAGCAUCAGGAUACAGCAGACUCAUCAAGCUACUUGUGAAUUUCUGUUGACUGUGUAGCCAGAGACAAUGAUCAGGGAGUGGUGAGAGAUACAGUUCCUUGUAAACUGAUCCUCUCUUUCUUCCAGCAUGGCUAACAACAAGAACAGCACGCUCUGUUGUACUUUCUCAGCCCCCAGCCACAGCAACACUCUCCUGAGGGGACUGUCUGCGUUACGCAAUCAAGGUCAGUUGCUGGAUGUGGUUCUGGUCAUUGACAACCAGCUCUUUGAGGUUCACAAAGUGGUUUUGGCCUCCUGCAGUGACUACUUCAGAGCCAUGUUUACUGGAGGAAUGAAGGAGUCAAACCAGAACACCAUAGAGCUAAAAGGUCUUUCAGCCAGAGGACUGAAGCACAUUAUUGAUUUUGCCUACAGUUCUGAAAUCACUCUGGACUUGGACUGCAUUCAGGAUGUUCUUGGUGCAGCCGUCUUCCUGCAGAUGGUGCCUGUGGUGGAGCUUUGUGAGGAGUUCCUGAAAUCAGCCAUGAGUGUUGAAACUUGUCUAAACAUCGGCCAGAUGGCCACCACUUUCAGCCUCUCAUCCCUUAAGCAGUCGGUCGAUGCAUUCACAUUCCGUCACUUCCUGCAAAUAGCUCAGGAGGACGACUUCCUUCACAUUCCAAAGGAACGACUGGUUUUCUUUCUUCAGAGCAACAAGUUGAAGAACUGUAGUGAGAUCGACUUGUUCCACGCGGCAAUCCGCUGGCUUCAACAUGAUGCAUCCAGACGAGCUGCAGCCAGUGAAGUGCUCUGUCACGUCCGCUUCCCGCUAAUGCAGUCGUAUGAACUUGUGGACUGUGUCCAAACUGUCGACAUCAUGGUGGAGGAUGUGCAGUGUCGACACUUUCUUCUAGAGGCCUUUAAUUAUCAAAUCCUUCCAUUCCGACAGCACGAAAUGCAAUCACCGCGAACUUCCAUUCGCUCAGACGUCACGUCACUAAUUACUUUCGGUGGAACACCCUACACCGACAACGAUCGGACAGUCAGCACCAAAGUUUACUCUCUGCCCGACAUCACAGUGCGACAGUUCAAAGAGUUGACCGAAAUGGAGAUGGGAUGCAGCCAUGCAUGUGUGUCGGUUCUUGACAAUUUUGUGUACAUCGUGGGUGGGCAGCACUUACAGUAUCGCAGUGGAGAGGGCGCAGUUGAUAUCUGCUUCCGCUACGACCCCCAUCUGAACCAGUGGCUUCGAAUCCAACCCAUGCAGGAAAGCCGCAUUCAGUUUCAGCUCAAUGUACUGCAUGGACGACUUUACGCUACUGGGGGGCGCAACAGGUCUGGCAGCUUGUCCUCUGUAGAGUGCUAUUGUCCCAGGAAAAAUGAAUGGACUUAUGUGGAUUCCCUGAAGAGGAGAAUCUGGGGUCAUGCCGGAGCGACGUGCAGAGAGAAACUCUACGUCUCUGGAGGUUAUGGGGUGUCUAUAGAGGAUAAGAAAACUCUCUAUUGCUAUGAUCCAGCCUUGGAUCAGUGGGACUUCAAGUGUCCCAUGAACGAGCCAAGAGUCCUGCAUGCUAUGAUCAGUGUAAACAACCGUAUUUAUGCACUUGGUGGCAGAAUGGACCAUGUUGACCGCUGCUUUGAUGUUCUAGCUGUAGAGUAUUACGUUCCAGAGACCGAUCAAUGGACAACAGUCAGUCCGAUGCGUGCUGGUCAGUCAGAGGCUGGCUGCUGCCUGCUGGAUAAAAAGAUCUAUAUAGUUGGAGGAUUCAACUGGCACCUCAAUAACGUCACAAGUAUUGUGCAAGUUUAUAACACAGAGACAGAUGAGUGGGAAAGAGAUCUUCAUUUUCCAGAAUCUUUUGCAGGAAUAGCUUGUACCCCUAUCGUACUUCCCCAGACAACUACCCAGCGCUAAGCACAUACUGUCUUACAUUUGCUGUUUUAGGAUUAAGGUUUAGUGUGCACCAGUAAGCAGUAGUAAAAGUAAUGGUAUAAUUGGCUGUCUCUCAUUGAAAAGGGACUGUUAUGUCUUCAGUUUUGAAGUAUGCAUGAUUGAAGGCCUGAACACAUCUGUGUGAGGGAAUAUGAAAGCACACUCUCUACUGAGCUUUUUGAGAAUGUGAAGCAUCUUUCUGUACACUUCUUAAGCAGUAAUGUAGUCUUUGGCCCUUCAUGUAGAUUGCAUUGUUUCAUACUAAUGAGAGUUUCAUUCAAGUCCCUGUGGGAUUAGCAUUGAUGACAGAUUUGAAUGGACCAGCAGCGCUGGGGCAAUGUCAUCACAUAUUCAUCUUUGUGAAUAUCUUACAUGUAUUCACAAUACAUCCUAAACUGCAAGUUUACAGAGACUGAUGAAUGUGAAAGAGAUCUUCAUUUUCCAGAAUCUUUUGCGGAUGUAGCUUGUAUCAUACUUCCACAAAAAAUCACCGAAUGCUAAGCACAUACUGUCUUACAUUUGCUGUUUUUUGCUUAGGUUUUUGAGAAUGUGAGGCAUCUUUCUACACACUUGUCAAGCAGCAAUGUUGUCUAGAUUGUCCCGUUUCAUAGUAAUAAGGGAUUCAUACAAGUGCCUGUGGGUUUUGCGUUGAUGACAGACUUGAAUGGGCCAGCAACACAUGACUUCAUGAAGGAUUUAUGGCCUGUUCUCACUGGUAUGGCUAAAUUACAUGAAAACAAAAACUAUUUACAAGAGAUUUUUACAACUAAACUUUAUCCAAAUUUCUGUCAUUUUCUGAAAUUUUGGAUAUAGGAAUGAAUUGGUUGGGAAAAAAUUGUCUCUGGAAAAGUGUUGGCAGAACUUUGAAUUAUGAUAUUUUUAAUUUGGUCUGCUAGCUACAAUUUGGACAACAUUGUCCUCUUUGCCAGCACUUCCUGAAGAGCGUCUAGGUUGAAAAUAUUGAACCUGUUUUCCUAAUUAGCAUGUUGUAACUGUAAAGCAGUAAAGCUGGCUCUGGAUCUUCUUAUAGAUUCAUAUAAAAUGAUAUAUAUCUUGCACUUUUUCAUGCGAAUCCAUGUUUGUUUUGUGAUAAUUUGUACAAAACAAUAUACACCACCUGCAACUUAGCAGUGGAGGUAAAAAAUAUUGUUAUUUUUUUUUUCCUUUUUGGAAAGACAUUACUAUCAUUGCAUAUACAGUUAUAUUUACCAGUGUUUUUAACCUAUAUACAGUUUUGAAUUUUUUUCAAACUAAGCAAGCACAUUUCGUAUGCACUUUAAUAUUCAACAUGGUGAAUCAGUGAUUUAAAAACUAAACAAAUAAAAGGUGCAUUGUGUUCUCUGAACAUGUAAUCUACGCAGUAUAUACAGUAUUAUACAGAUUUUUUGUAAUGAUAUUGUGUUUGCAUGUUUUUCUAUCAGAAUAUGAAUGUCAAAAACACUACAUUCUAGAAACUACCUAAGGUGCUUUUUGUGCAUUUAUUUGAUUAUUACGUGUGUUAAUGGAUUUUUUUAGAUUCUUUAAGGUGUUAGAAACAUUAGUUUUUUUACAACAACACAAUCACAUUUGGUGUAUGUAUAUAGAUGUGUAAUUUACCAUGAUUACAGCAGUAAAUGACUGUCACCAUUAACUAAGGGUUCAUUUACAUGCUGAUGUAAGAUGGAAACAUAAAUCUGGACAGUAUCUGGUACUGAGCAAGUCAGCUGGGUCUUAUGAACAAAUGGCCUUCAGUCUAGUACUUCUGUCACAGAUCAGCCUUAAUCAGUCUGUUUAAAGCACUUAAAGAGCUGUUUGAUUCUGUGUAAACGUAACCAUUUCCUUAAGUUUGGGAUUUCAACACAAGCUUUAACAACUCUUUUUAUUUUUAUUUUUUUUUGCCAAUUUUUGAUUUCAAUAAAAUUCUUUGUUUACGUGCAUUUAUGAAUGUCUGAAAUUUAUAGCAUGUGGUUAUAUAUUUAAAAAAAUUCAAUCGUUUUUUGACAAAUCCCGUUCAAAUUUUUGAUGUAGAAAUUUGUAAAAAAAAAAAAAUAUUGUGUGGUAUAGUUAAUAACACUUAAUGUUUUUGUAUUUGUAGCACUUUUUGCAAUUAUUUACACAUUUGUCUUCCAUUUGUGAAAUUACAUUUGUGUUCUUAUCCAUCUGCUAUGUUUUGUCUGUUGCAAUGUGAUCGAAAUAAAAAUACACACAAAUAUGUUCUCAUUUUUUCAUUGAUGUACUAUUACAAAAAUGAUGUUUCCCUUGCAGCAUGAGAUUAUGACGGACUCAUCUUUACUGCAGUU